AUGACUUCUGCAGUACAGGCUUCCAACUUUUCUGGUGUUAUUGAAAAUUGUGUAGCUAUGACGGUUGGAUACUUGAACGCUUGUGGUGUCAAUCUUCCACACACUUAUCCUCGUGCUACUGAAAUAAAUUUCUCUGUUGAUGGAGACUUUGAAGUUGGAUUUCUCCAAGAAAACGGAGUUGGCUUUGUCAUGAACACUGUACGUCGUGAUACGGCAGCUGUUUUUCCUCAAGGAGCUAUCCAUUUUGAACCAAAUUUGAACUGUGUUCCAGCGACUUUCGUAGUUGCCUUCAACAAUGAAGAUCCCGGAGUAUUGACUAUAGCCAAUGCAUUCUUUGAUGGAUUACCAGCAAAUGUUGUUGGAGCCUCACUUGGUGAUUUGAACAUAACGAUAAUAGAUGAUAUUCGAAUGUUAGUAGCUCGAAAUCCAUCAGACGGCAUUGCUGAAUGUCGAAAACGAUGUGGCCUAUAA